UUUGCUGGAAACAAAAUGGCUGCCGAACAGAUUCCCACAGUGGGAUUCAGCCUCCAGUUCCAGGCAGCCCUGGAGAAGUGGAUGCAGCCGGGGUUCGAAAUUCAGGAGCAUGGCCCAGCAAUUCCCAAAGCGGGGGACAAGGAGGUAGAUGAAGGAAAGUCCUCGACAGUGCUCUCUGAAGGGAGAAUCAGGGGAUUUGUUCAAAGGGCACCAGCGCAACAGGUUAAACAGGAACCAGGAGAUGUGCUGCACCAGCAGUGUGAAUCUCAGUGGCAGGACUUCUUGAAGAUGGUGGAGUCCCAACAGUCUCAACAGGGAACCGCACCAUUGCCAGAGGAGCCGUCCCCAUGGGAUGACACAAAAUCUUUCCUGGCCUCCUUCGAGAAAGUGGCUGAAGCCUGCCGGUGGCCCAAGGAAGAGUGGGCGGCCCAACUCCUGCCGGCCCUCAGUGGAGAAGCCGAAUGGGCCUUCAGCAGCCUGAGUGCUAGAGACAAGGAGGAUUAUGGGAAAGUGAAGGCGGCCAUCUUGCGAGAAGAGGCCACGAGGAGGGAGAAGGUGCGCCAGCACUUCCGGGGCUUCUGCUACCAGGAGGCUGAAGGGCCUAGGGGGGCCUACAGCCGGCUCCAGGAGCUUUGUUCCCGGUGGCUGAAAGUCGAGAGGUACACGAAGGAGCAGAUCCUGGAGCUGCUGAUCCUGGAGCAGUUCCUGACCGUCCUGCCGGCGGAGAUCCAGAGCUGGGUGAGGGAGUGCGGGCCGGAGACCUGCUCCCAGGCGGUGGCCCUGGCUGAGGGGUUCCUGCAAGAGGAAACGCAAAAGCGGGGAAAGAGCAUUCUGUGGCCUGUGCAAAAUGUGGUCUAUAAAUCAUCUCAGUAAUUCAAGUCCUUCCCUGGCCUGAGAGAG